AACAAUGAGUUUUACUUACUUUAUUACAUUUUUAUACAUCUUUCUGUAUUUUUAUACAGCUAAUGCAGACCAUCAAUCUUCUAAUGAGCAACUUGCAAAAAUUGAUAAUGCGGUAAAUGAUUCCGGGAAACAAAUUUCCGAGACUACAGUACAAAACGACUUAAACAAAGAGUCAAUUCAGCAGAAAUUGGGAACAACUAUGUCUGAAGCUUACAUUAAAACUGAUUCCAUGUCGACAAAUGGACAAUUUAGAAAUUCUGAGGAGCGACUUAAAAAAUUGUAUAAUGCGGUAUCUUAUAAAUUCGGCCAAGUUAGCUCAUUAUCAGUUCAUUUGUACUUAAGAAAAGAAUCAGCUCUGAAGGAACAUGGAAUAACUGAAUUGGAAGCCUCCGAAAUAAUUCGUGUCCUGUUGGGUGGUCAUAUGACCAUAAAUAAUUUUAUAAAAAUCUUAAAAAAAGAACUUACAAAUGAGCAACUCGACUACAUUUAUAAUUGGGUACGUCAAAAUAAAAAAUCAAAGAGUAAGAUAGGUUUUCAAGGGUUGAGGCAUCAUGAAGUUACCAAGGAUAAAAUUAAAGAGUAUUUAUAUGCGGAACACGCCCAAUAUGGACUAACUCCAAAGGACGUCGAAAAGAUAACUGAACUUUUGAAGUUUAAUCAUAUGGAAAAAAACGAAUUUAAAGCAUUAAUGACUAGUGGACAAGCUUUAAAUUAUUGACUCAACAACAUCAGCUGGUAGUGGAUUUAAAAAUGUGCAGCCU